GCUAAACCUGAACUCUGCAUUUUAUCUUCUCCACAGGGACGCAGAUCCGUUUUCAGUCAUAACUCUGACCCGUGUGUGCGUGUGUGUGUGUGUGUGUGUGUGCGUGCGUGUUUUUCUCCACUCCAUUCCACCACCCAUGCUGGCUAAUCCCUGGAUCCUUUGAGUAGGACCAUGAUUUGUGGGACGGUGUUGCCAGGGGGAAGGUGGUAGCGGUGGUGGCGCUCGGAUCCUGUUGGAAAUGACAGCUGAGGAAGGCGGAUUGGAGCUCGGGGACCAGAAAAGCAGCAGAGGCAGGAGAUAGCGAAGAAAGUGCCGCACUUCGCCGUUUUCAAAGGGGUUGCUGAGAUGGAGUCGCUGAUGAACGCGGUGACGCCGCGCUCGCCGGCCCCCGUUAAGAAGCUGUCCGAGGUGGACUUCCGCUCAGGGGCCUCGCUGGAGCAGCUGUCGGCCCAGGUGUCAGAGCUGGUGCUGCUGGAGCAGGGGGAGUUUGGAGACCAGACUGCCUUAGAGGUCCACACUGCCAAGGACUUCAUCUUCAACAUGCUCGGUUUGGUCCAGAAGGUCGACCAGCGCCUCCCGGUGGCCAACGAGUACCUGCUGCUGUCCGGCGGCGCCCGGGAAGGCGUCCUGGACCUGAACCCGGAGGACCUGGGCGAGUACGCCAAGGGGGCCGACUUCGACCUGGACUUCACCCUGCUGGUUCCCGCCCUGAAGCUGCACGACCGCAACCAGCCGGUGACGUUGGACAUGAGGCGCUCGCCGCCGUGCCACUCCUGGCUCAGCCUGCGCCUCUGCGACUCCAACGUCCUGUCGCGCUGGAGCGUCUGCUGCCAGGAGGAGAGCGGGCUCCCCGCCGAGGAAGACGAGGAGGAGGAGGAGAUGGGUAAAGGCUCCAUCCCGUCGCUGGGCUCCCCUCAGUCCCUGGACGGCUGCUACUUCUCGCCCAGCCUGGUGGCGGACUGGUUCUGGGGGGUGGUGAGCGAGGCUGUGGAGGAGCUGAGGCGCAGCCCGCAGAGAGGCAUCCCGACCCCGGAGCGGCUGGAGAGGAACGGACCCCUGACCACCAUCAUCCUCCAGGCGGGCUCCAGCAGGGUUCUGUACGACCUGCUGCCGGUGGUUUCGUUCCGGGGCUGGCCGGCCGUGGCCCAGGGCUGGCUGACGGCCAACCACUUCUGGGACGGGAAGAUCACGGAGGAGGAGGCCAUCUCCGGGUUCUACCUGCUGCCCUGCUGCUCCCCGCUGGGCGGCCGGCCCGACCGCGAGUGGAGGCUGGCCUUCUCCCGCAGCGAGGUCCAGCUCAAGAAGUGCAUCCCAUUCCCGAUGGCGCAGGCCUUCCAGGCGGCCAAGGCGGUUCUGUCCCGCAUCCUGGCCCGGCCUCGAUCCGGCCUCAGCCUCUACCACCUGCGCACGCUCCUGUUCUGGGCCUGCGACCGGCUCCCAUCCGCCUACCUGUCCUGCCCCGAACCCGACGCCCCCGGCCGCCUCCUCCUGGGUCUGCUGGAUGACCUGGCGCACUGUAUCCUGGGUAAGAACUGCCCCAACUACUUCCUGCCACAAUGCAACAUGCUGGAGCACCUGAGCGACGGCCAGGCGCUGCUGGUGGCCAGGAAGCUGGCCCACGUGCGCUCGGAUCCCAGCGAACACCUGCGGGCCGCCGUGGACCAGGCGCAGCAGGCCGGCCAGCUGAAGAAGGAGCUGGCGGGCGGCGCCGCCAACGGACACGGUUCGCCGGGACUCCACCCGGCCAACGGCAUCAUCUCGCCGUCGGAGGACAAGCUGGCGCAGCGGCUGCAGCAGCUGGUGACGGAGAACCCCGGGAAGUCCAUCUCGGUCUUCCUGAACCCCGACGACGUGUCGCGGCCGCACUUCCGCAUCGACGACAAGUUCUACUGAGAGUCUGGAACCGGACCCUGCUGCUCCGUUAAGGCAGUAUGUCACUUUUAUAAAAAUAAUUGUUAAAACCGUCAUCAUGUUGUGACAGUUUCUGAGACAAAUAGUCAAGAUUGUUUCAGCGCAAACAAGAAACAACCAAUUAGAGCCAGGAGGCGGGUCUUAGUGCUGUCAAUCAACCUUGUGUCCACUCUCUGCUACAAUACAGCCCAUUGUGAAUGCUAAAGCUAGAAUUAUGAUGUCACUCUAAACAAAACUGGUUAAAACUGAAGAGAAAAAGAAACAGAAAUUAUUCACAUUGUUUUAAUUAUGUGAUUUAUUUCAACAAGUCCAUCGAUUUCGGCAGAUAAACGGUUUUCCUGAGUUGUUUUUCCGCCAUUUGCACAGUUUGGAGCGCAUUCAUGAGGAUGAUUGACAGCGCUAAGGCUCUCCUGGCUCUGAUUGGCUGUAUUUGUUCUUGAGCAUUUCUUCAAAUUAUUGGUCUCUCACAGAACAGUGACAGUUUUAACAAAUAUGUAAAAAAAACAAAAAAAAUGUAAAUAAAAGUUCCACACUCCAACUUUAAGUCUUAAAACCAAAACAUUUCCUCCUGAAAACAGGCGUCCAGUUAAUCUGCUGUUGCCACGGCGACGGUUGUCUCCUAACGAGCUGGCCUUAAGGAGACCAAACAGCUGUAGCCUGGACGUGAAAACGCCUCUGUUGGUUGUUUGUUUUUGAUUGUUUGUUGGUUUUGUUUAUUUUUUAAGCGAGAACCAGAGACUGUGUGUUCAUGUCUGCCUUAGGGGGUCCGAACACGGCGAACCCGCCACAGAACCCUCCCGACUCGCUCCGUUUCGUUUCACAUCGCAGCGGCCGACGGAUGAGUCAGAAGAAAACGAGCUGAUGAAACGGAUUGUAACUGCAAAGUCUGCGAGUUAAGAGUCUCUUGGGUUGUUUUUUUUUUUCUACUUUUCUGUUAUUUUACACUCGGUUUGUGCGACGGUUUCUUUGACUUCUCUCAGGUAUGCACAAGGUUUCCUGUUUUUCUUUCCUUUUUUUAAAGCCUCUAAUGACGCUUCGCGUCUUCCAAAGAGCCGCAAAUGAAUUGGUCUCACAAAGCAGAAGGGCUGCAAUCAGGAUAUAAAGGUAGAUUUUUCUACUUCACAGUAAAUUUAGUGAGUUCAUCUCUGAGGAAUCAGCAGAACAAAUCGACUUCCUCCAAAGACGAAUGAACACUCCUUUCAUUUCAGGUUUAUUUUGAUUCCAGGCGAUUAGCUUUUUAUUGUUUUGAUCAGUUUAAGCUGCUCAGCAGAGAAACUUUAUCUAAAAAUAUGAUCUAUUAGCUCUAAAAUGUACAACAUCAUAUUGGGAUAGAUAAAAAAUAUUAAUAACAGUUUUGCCAAAAAACUCAAUAGAUACAGCUCAAACUUUCUAGGAAAAACAAUUACAUUUCUGAUUGUGAAAAGUUUAAAAUUUGCUAAGAAAAACUGAAAUUUUAAAAUUAAUUUCUGUUUUUAAGAAAAAAAAAAGUACUCGCUUGCAAAGUCAAAAACUUGUUAGAAAAUGUGGAAAUUUCUGAGUUUCCAAGAUUUGGGUGUUUGGCUUUUUUCCGGAAUUUAAUCUAAAUUCUGAAGGUUUUUUUUCACAAUUCUGAUUUUUUUCUUAUGAGAUUAAAAUCAGGAUUCCAGCUUUAAAUACGCAAAUCACCGUUUUCUCAGAAUUUUGACUUUUUGUUUUCUAAUUCUGACUUAACGUUUCUGAGAUUUGAGUCAAACUUUAAUCUCAUAGAUCAGAUUUUUUUGUUGUCAGUAUUAACUUUUUUUCUGAAAUUGAUCAAAUAUUAUAUCAAUGAAAUAAAAAGUAAUGGUACACUAAUUUAAUCCACCACUGAUGCAGAACAGGCUCUGGUACGCUACAGAACUCUGUGCAUAAGUUUUAAUCCGCUUUACAUUUCUUCAUAUAUUUGCUUCCAGGUAUCAAAUUAUUUUAACAGCUAUUUUCUUACAGUUUAAUUUUUCUUUGAGCUUUGGCAGCUUACUUUAAAUCCUGACUGAAUGGAGUUUCCCACAAAGUGCCCAGUUUCUGCUCACAUCUCGGUGUUUUUGACGCAUCUGUUCGCUUCACGUUGGACAAACUUUGCUUCUUUUUGAGACUCGACGGAUUCGGAUAAUCGUCCCGUGUCUCCUCCGCUUGGUUGGUCUCUCUUAAUGAGCGUCAUGCGUCUUGUAAACGAGCGGAUGUGUCUCCCAGAUGCUGCGCGGUGAAUCAUUUCCCCCUCAGUGCGUUCAUGCCGGUCGGACAGAGACAUUCAUACCUUCUUCUGGAAAAACAAACCUUUUUUUUUUUAAAGCAAAAACGCCUUUUUUUCCCUCUGUUUUAUUUUCUAAUAAAGAAAUCUCUUAAAUCUGCCAGGCGCUCUGCUUAUGCUGCUGCAGAGGAAUUAAUUUAACCGUUUUUUACUCUGUAAAUGACUCUUGAUCAGUUUGACUCAGUUUUAAAUGCUAACUCUGAACCAGUGGCAGAGCAGGGUACGAUGGCUGAAGUGUCCGCAUGACGGUGGUCGUUUAUUUGUUUUCGGUGAAUGUUCCCUCACUGGACUUUAUUUGUAGCAUCUACUAACACAGAUGUGAGUACUACUGAAUUAUACAGUUUUUUUAACGGUAACUGAAGCGGAUGUAAACCAAAGCGUGACGUUGACGCGGUACAGAAUGUUUUCAGCACUUUUGCCCCCUGAAAAAACAUAAAAAAUAUUCAGAUUAAUGAAAUGACUAAUGAAAGGAUUCAUUAAAAAAAAAAAAGGUUUACGUGUUGGGUUGGAGAUCAGACACUGGAAAUGAUUGUUUAUUGUUGCUUGAUUUGUACGCUUAAAGUCUCUGAGGUGUUUGAAAUGGUGUAAAUGCAGAUAUGCAAUCAGGUGGAGACGCCGGUCGUUUACAGACCCGCUGGAGCAGAGCGGGAAUUUACUGCUGUAAAUAAAAAUUAAAGGAGCGGAGAGGCCGAUUUAUGUUCCGGUGAGCUGUUGCACGGCAUUGCAGAAAGAGGAAAAAGAGGAACAAAUUUCUGCUAAAGUUUUCCAGAAAGAGAUUGAAAAGACAGAAAUUUGCUGAAAUAAACUUAGAAAAUUUGGAGAACAAUUUCUAGAAAUUGUUUUGAAACUUACGAGUUUAAAAGAACUCAAAUUUUGAGAUCAAUUUAACUUUUGUUUUUCAGUUUAAAGAGUCAAACAUAAUCUAAUUUUCUGAAUUUGAAAAGUUAAGUUUGCCUGAAUAAAUUGAGAAAUAUUUUGAUUAAUCUCUGACAUUUUCUAGAAACAACCCAGGAGUUUGAAGUUAAUGUGGUAGAAAAAACUCAAACUUCAAAAUUCAGAUCAAUUUUCUAGAAAAAACUUUUUAGAGAAAUUAGGGAAAUUUCUGAGUUUCAACUCAGGUUUUUUUUUUCUUGAAAAUGUGAAAUGAAUCUCCAAAUUUGUUUUUUCUACAAAAAGACAGGUUUGUUUUCUGCAUAAAUAUAAACUUCCUUUUUUUUUUUCUUUCUAAUCCGCCGUUGUAGAGUCACGGUUAUCAUGAAACUCGCUCCAUGUAUCUUAAAGACCGGUUGAUGAAUCUGGGUUCGUAGCAAACUGAAUGUAUCCGUCAUUUCUCUGUUUUUUAAGAACAUCUGGACUCAGUCGCUCUGCUGUGUGGAAACCCAGCUCCACAUCUGUCCUCAUCCUGCUGGGUUCCUCCUCCUGUUUUUUGUAAAAACUGUUGCCUGAUGAUUCUUUUGCUAUCUUUGUUACUGCUCUUUGUUUCCCGGGGGUUUAUAUUGAUUGAUGUGUGAGCUUUAGCAUGAAAUAAAUCACUAUAUUUAAA